CGAGACUGGUCGUGAGCGAAUAUACAUAUACCUAUAUCUCCAUCCAAGCAUGGCUGUCGUGUAGGCACUCGUGUGGAAUAUGUAUUUUUUUUCGACUUCGGUGCUUCGUAUUACUGAGCAAAAUCUUGUGUUUGUUGGUACGAUUAUGGAUUGUUUCGAGUUGGUGAUUAUUUAGUGAACGUUCAACAAUAGUAACGACGUAUUACAUUGAUUUCUCUCGAGUCGAAGAAUUGAAUACCGUUUAAUCGGCAGUGUGAUUGUAGUUGUACGAAUAGGUCGCUGAAGUAAAUAGAUUUUGACACGGAUUGCCGAGCUGUUUACACUAUUUUUCGUUGUGUGUGACGAGUGAGUUCGUGCUUCAAAGUUGUAACAUUCGUAUCUGCGACGCCGAAGAUUUCAGUUUUAGACUUUUGGUUGUCACACGAAUCGGCUACAGCCGAUGGUCUUAGUAUUAUAGUGUCAUAUUGUAAAUAUGGCAAAGGUGACUCAAAUGUGUUGCAUAAGUUUAACUUUGUCAGCCAAGUUGAUCGGGACCUUCGGCUUGUCCUUGUCAAUCUUAAUGAUCAAUAUGUUGAUGAGUAACUUUUUCUCAACGGAAGAGGAAGAGGAAUUCAUCAUAGCUUUAAAGUCGUGGAUGCUGUUCGGUUUGAAUUGGACAUACGUAAUGAAGAGUAUGAAAAUCACGGAAACCGCACGCAUACUGCUUACCUGCGUUCUUAUCUACUCGGCGCUCUCUCUCAUUGCUAAUGCUCUCUUGGCCCUGGGCUCUCUCUUGAAAAAACCGUCCUAUGCGCUGCCAUGGAUGUACAUGCAAAUGAUCAGCAUCGUAGACCAAACAAUCUCUCUAGCGAUGCACUUAACUGAAAAUGAAAGAUACGAUCUGAAAGACAAAAACGUUUGGUAUGUCCCGGCUUGCAGUAUUUACCUCUUAAUAAGUUCGUACUUCUGGAUUCUCGUUAUGGCAGCUCGUUGCCAGUGGCUAGCCGAGAGUGAGAAUUAUGAUCAAUUCUCUACAACUUAUUCGUCAUCUUCACAGUACUCUAACGAUGCGAACAUGCCGAAGACGCCAUCGUACCUGAUGUCAAAUCCAAUAGUUUUCGGAUACGACUCGCCACCUCCACUACCACCACCCAAAUACGAAGUCGUUUAAUGUGGAGACUCCAUUUUCCCAUUGUAAAUAUUCAUACAUCAAGAGAUUUUAGAACUGAUUCAUGAAGGCGACAUUUCUCUUGAUUCCUCAUCGGAAGAAAACAUAAAACAACACUAGUUCAUCGAUUAUCGUUUAACAGUUGUUAAGAGCAUGAUUAGUAUUAUUACUUAUUUAUAAAAUUCUUUUUUAUACGAAAUGCACACAAUAUAAUUUGUGACUGAAUAAAAAUAAGUAUCAGCAUUAAUGAUUCACGCGAUCGUUUUCAAUCAGCGUACAGUGAUAGCAAUCAGUUUGGGAAAAGGAAAAAAGAAAGCAUGUGCGCCGGGAUUCAAAAAUUUAGAAGACAGACCGGAUGACUACAUGGCCGUUUCUCUGGAAAUUUAGGAUCUCCAUUAGGCGAGCUACUGCUCAUGGAUUAUUCACGCGCGGGUGAGUGCUGCGCAAAGUCGCGUUUUUCACGGCGAAAAGAAGUUUACCAAGCAGUCCAGCAGCGGCGACAUGAUGACGCGAGACACAUCAAUCGACCGACCCAGUGGGAUUUGUUACUGCUGCUUUUUUACUGAUACAAAUCGGAAAUCUGGCGCUAAUAGAGUGUAUCGAGAGAAGCGCGGGUGCGUUUUAACGUCAAAAUAUACUUUUAAACUUUUGUCGGCAUUUCAAUCGAGUGGCAAACUCCCUUGUGGGGUGACCGUGGGCGGUGGCCGGACGAUUUGUUAGGGAAUAGCCAACGACUUCCCUCGAUAUCUCUCUUUUUUUCGCUCGGUAAUGGAAGACGAUGGGGAAGUUGAGUAAUAAGGAGAGCAGCUCUUUAGGUACUUUUAUAUUUAUGCGCGCGUCCUCCUGUUUUUCUAGAUUUUGUGCGUAGGUCCUAGAUUUACAGGAUUAUCUGUUCAGUGUUACCAUAGAGCAAAGCUAAUAUUGAACGAGGAUGCUACCAAUAUAUUCAAAC